AUGGUAGCCAAUGCAUAUUUGAAAGAAAUUGAAAAAGAAGUUCGUGUCAUGUAUACUUCAGUUAUAUUUUUGCUCUGUCUGAACCUGUUACAGAACUGCUCUGGUUGUAAAGAGAAGAGGCCUGCACACAGUUUGUGUACUAACUGCAACAAGUGGCUUUGUAGCUUAUGUACAGAAGAACACAGCCAUGGAAAAGAAGCAGGAGGAGAACAUUUUCUGCCAAUCUCCUUGAAGGGGUGUUCAGGAGCUGAAGGGGAGGCCAGCGAAUGUCCCUUGUUUUGUCCAAUGCACAGCCAGGAGAGGCUUAAGCUGUUUUGUGAGACUUGUGAUGUCCUGACCUGUCGCUGCUGCCUCCUGACAGAGCACAAGGAUCACAGAUUCAGGCAUCUUCAAGAAGCACUGCAAAAUCAGAGGGUUAUCCUGGAAAACAUAACCUGUAAGGUGGAAGAGAAAAAAAAUUUAGUGCAAGUCUCAGCUAAACAUAUUGAAGACAGAUUGUUUGAAGCAAAACACCUGCAACGGAAAGUGGAAAACCAGAUCAAAAUGGCCAAAAUGGUCCUGAUCAGUGAAAUAAAUAAGCGAACAAAUGUUCUCCUUGAACAGUUGGAGCGGAUCACCAGUGAAAGGAAGCAUAAAAUGGAACAACAGCUUCAGGGCAUCAUGGUGUUAAACAGGCAAUUUGAACAUGUGCAAAACUUUCUUGGCUGGGCCAUAUGCAGGAAAAACAAUGUUCCAUUCCUCUUCAGUAAAGAGCUGAUUGUUUUUCAGAUUCAGCGCCUGCUAGAAACCAACUGUAAUACAGAUGUGGGUCCCCCUUGGAAGGUCAGAUUCACAUGGGACCCAUCUUUUUGGACUAAACAACUAUCCAAUUUAGGCCAUUUGUCAAUGGAAGGGGGACCAAGCCACCAUUCAGAGGUACCAACCUAUGGAAGUAUGCAAGGAAUACAGCCAUCUCUGUAUCAUCACCAUGGACAUCAUUCUCCAGGACCACAGCACGACCCACUCAAUAACCAGCCCCACCAAUUUCAGCCUCCUGUCCAUUGCCUGACACCCAUGUGCUGUGCCCAUUGCCUUAAUAUCCCACAUAUGAAUAAAGGACAGCUUCCUCAUCAAGCUGUGAGCCAUCCUCAGUCUUUCCGACAGCCUUCUGAAAUGCAGCAACACCACCAGCAUUUCCCCGUGCAGUAUAGCUUGCAGCAACAUGAGAGGGAGCAGAGGUGUGCCCCACGAGUCCUGAAAACCAUGCAGUCGUGUGCUGAACAGAAAUCUCAUCAAGAGCCUGAUAGUCUAGCUACCAGGUUGGGCAAGAACUCCCAAGAGCAACCAAUACACCAUGCCCUUCCACCUGUUUAUCCCCUUCCAUCACCGGAUGGCCAACAAAGCCAGGCUAGCCACUCCCAGCAACUUUCUGCACAGUCUCCUCUGCAUAGUCCAACAGUGCAAGUUCAAGUUGGUCCCCUCCAGAAGCUGAAGCUGAAUAAUUUGCAGCAGCAGCAGCAGCAGCAGCAGCAGCAGCAGCAGCAGACACAGACACCACAACAGGAACAUCCAUUGCCACCGCCACCACCACUCUCACCGCAGCAGUCACCUGCAGCAGGGCCAAAUGAGAAGGCUCACGAACAAGUGAUACAACAGAGCUUGGACAUCAUGCACCACCAGUUUGAACUGGAGGAAAUGAAGAAAGAUUUGGAGCUUCUCCUGCAGGCUCAGCAGCCAAGCCUGCAGCUCAAUCAGGCCAAGCAACAGCCUCAACAUGUCCAGCAAACCAUUGUUGGCCAGAUAAACUACAUUGUCAGGCAGCCAGCCACGGUUCAGCAGCAAAACCAGGAAGAAGUACAGCAAAUUGGUGAAGAUUCUGUUGAAUCAGAAGGUCAAAAAGCACUUCCCCUUGAUAGAAAUGUGAUUCCACCUAUGACACAGCCAGCAGAAGAAGCUAUUGUCAACAUUCAGUCUCCAGAGAGUAUAUUGAGUCCAGUCAGAAAGCGGUCAGCUUCAAUGAACAUAGUGGGUUUUCCAAACAUUUUAGAAGUUGAUUUGUCUUCAACAAGGACAUCCAAACCAGCUGAUCUACAGGCAAAAGAAAUCUGCAGUGCAACAUCUGGCCUGUCCCAAAAUGUACCACAUGCCUCUGAUGUGCUGCCAGAAUCUGUACCUAGUUACAGCCUGGCUUUGGAUAGAACAAGUACCUUGAGCUCUGAAAAUAUUGAACACUUAGCGAUUGGUGGCAUGCCUUUGGUAAACACAGUUUGCAAGCUGGAAAAUGAAGAGUUUGGCCAUGUGAGUUAUCCCCUUGGGAGCAAUACUGUCACUGUGGAAUCAAAAGACAUUAAUGAAAUGGCUCUUCCUUUACAAAAUAUUCUGGAAGAGCCUAUUAAUCUUUCAGUGAAGAAAACUCAGCCAUGUACCUCCCCUCCCUUACUUAUCAGCAACACAACCUUCAUGCAGUCUGUUAAUCCCAAACCAGGACACACUGAAGAUUGUCCUAACUGUGAAGAAGAACAUUUUGAAAAGGAAAUUAAAAGUAGUCAGAGCAACAGAGUUUGUGCCAAAGAAAUGAAAAUCCCUUAUGUGCGAUUGGAACGAUUGAAAAUAUGCACAUCAGAAUCUGGAGAGCUUCCAAUAUUUAAAUUGCAGCCACAGAAGAGUACACAUGAUGGAACGUUUCUGCUGAUUAUUGAAUGUGGUACUCAGUCUUCAAGCAUGGCUAUUAAGGUCAAUCAAGGACAUUCCUCUGAAAGAGUAACUCCUAAACCUGGAGGAAACCUGGAGAAAAGUAGGAUCCUCACAAGCCAACUGACUGAACAGGUGUUACUUCCUUCAGGAGAUCACAGGCUCAGUAAUAGCAUGAAAAAGUCUGGGCUUCCUCAGGAAGAACACCCCAUUGAGAAUGAAGACUUUUGUGCUGUUUGUCUGAAUGGAGGAGAACUUUUGUGUUGUGAUUACUGCCCAAAGGUGUUUCAUCUCUCAUGCCAUGUUCCUGCAUUGCUUAGCUUUCCUGUAGGUGAAUGGGUGUGCACACUUUGUCUCAAUGUGGAAAAAUCGGAGGUAGUCUAUGACUGCGAGAACACACGAUUUGACUACAGUAAUGCACUCAUGCGAGCAAGACCAGUUUAUGGCCUUGAUGAAUAUGACCAAAAGAAGUGUGAAAAACUGGUGCUUUCACUGUUCUGCAAUAGCUUGAGCCUUCCAUUCCAUGAACCAGUCAGCCCCCUGGCUCGUCAUUAUUAUCAGAUCAUCAAGAAGCCCAUGGACUUGUCCACCAUUCGGAAAAAACUUCAGAAAAAAGACAAACUGCAUUACUCCUCUUCAGAUGAGCUGGUGGCAGAUGUGCGCCUUAUGUUUUGGAACUGUGCAACAUUCAACUAUCCUGAUUCAGAAGUUGCUGAGGCUGGGAGGUGCCUGGAAAUAUUCUUUGAAAGCAAGCUCAAGGAAAUUUAUCCAGAGAAGCAGUUCCCCUUGGUGCAACAAGAUGAUUCUGAUUUAGAGGAGGUGGAGCAUGAGAAUAGUCAAGCAACUCCCAAAGGAUUCCACUGGCCUUCAUAUAGGCAAGAGUGCAUCCAGCCUAAAAGACGACGACGGCAUGCUGAAAAUGAAAAACCUAAAAGACCCGUGUUUUGGCCAGCUAAAGGUCUCUCUCAGGUAUGA